AGCUGGAGUGUCGCCCUUGGGAAGCCAGGGGGCGCAGGGCAAAGACCACUAAGCGGCUGUGAGAUGUGGACAGGUCUUCGCGAGCGUCCUCCGUUAUCAACUUCAAAAUCAUUAUUUGAUUUGCGUAUUUCGCUCAGAACUCAAAGUAGGAUGGGGAGGUAGAGAUACAUGAGCGUCGCCGCGGAGAACGGCCGCGACGAGGCGCUCGGCGUCGGCUUGUUCGGCGGCGGCUCGGUUGGCGACCACGCGCCGACCGAGGCGACCGCGCACCAGCGGCGACGGAGCUGGUGCGCGGCGCGCGACGGUCACGCCGACGCCGUCGGGUGCGAGGCGCCGGCGGAGACGCGCCGCGAAGGUCUCGGUAAACGCGUCCGCCGCCGCGAGCACGGCGGCGUCCUCGGACGCGUCGCCACCGCCGCCGACGACGAAGCCAAAUCGACCGCGCCGCCGCGCCGCCAUGGCGUCGCCGAAACGCCGCGCGAGCUGCGCCGCCGUUCCGCAUCGCGCCUCGAGGGCUGCCGCGACGCCGUCGCCCGGCAGGCCGUCGGGCGGUGGCUCGGCGGCAUCGAUGGCCGGCGGCGAUGUGCCCUCGCCGGUCCCCGCGGGGGCGGUCGCGGAUGGCGCGUGGACGAAGACGUCGAGCCGCGCCGACACGUUGGCGCGCGCGAGCUGUUCGUCCAACGAGCGCACCACGGCCGCGGCGUUGCGACCCAGACCCGGCGCGACCGCCGGCACGCACACUGCGCCGUGGUUCUGCCGCAAGCGCCGGGCGACCGCGCGCGCCGCGCCGUCACGCUCCGCGACGACUACGACGCCGUAGCCCCGCGCGGCGAGCGCUUCCGCCGCGGCCGCGCCGAGCGGUGCCUCGCAGCCGGUGACGAGCGCGUACCGCGGCUCGUCCAGCGGCGUCGCGCGUCGUUCGAGGCUCGCUUCCCGCGCGGCGGCCGCGGCGGCCGCGGCGAGGCCGGCUCC